AUGCGUGAUGAGCUGAAGAGCAAAUUGAAGGAAGUAGGCAGCGUGAUUCCAAAAAUGUCAGAAGCCAUUCUCAAUCUGAGGAAUGAAGUGUCCGAAGGUAAGAAAGAAAUGAGUCUGCAUAUGAAGAAUUUGCUGAAAGCUUUGUCACCGGAGACCGUUAGAAAUAUGGUGAAAAAUGAAUUACAAACAUAUGACGCCGACAAAACUGGAAGAACGGAUUACGCUCUUGAAAGUUCAGGCGGUGCGAUUCUUUCGAUACGAGAUACCGAACCAUACUCGAUUGGUGCACCUGUACUCAGUCUAUUUGGCAUACCACUUUGUCAACAGCAGAACACACCCCGGGCUAUGAUACAGACCGGCGUUUUGCCGGGCGAAUGCUGGGCCUUCAAGGGCAACAGGGGCAGCGUGGUGAUUCGAUUACUCGGCCAUGUGUACGUGUCCGGAGUUAGCCUUGAACAUAUCUCUUCAUUGAUAUCCCCUACUGGGGAAACUGCUACGGCGCCAAAAGAUUUUUCUGUUUGGGGUUUGUCAGAUUUGGAUGAUAAGAAGCCUUUCUCAUUUGGCAAUUUUACAUACGAUAAUACUGGUUCGCCGUUGCAAUACUUUGAGAUUCAGGUAGAACAAUAG